AACCGCCUCAUCGAUGGAUGGGGAAUACCCAAGGGACCGAGAGAGAGAGGCAGAGAGUGUUAAUGGUGAAGAGUGCUUACCUGAAAAUGAAGACGGACUACUCCGCCAGCGUCGGAGAAGACCUGAUCCAGUCGGAUCUGAAGGAGCUCGGCGUCGCCGCCCGGAAGCUCGCCAACCAUGCCCUAAUGCUGGGUAGCGGCUUCGGCACCGGCUUCCUCAAGUUCCUCGCUUUCUUCGCCGCCAUAUAUUUGUUGAUACUGGAUCGCACUAAUUGGAGGACAAACAUGUUGACUUCACUUUUAAUUCCAUAUAUCUUCUUGAGCCUUCCAUCAGUUAUAUUUUCAUUUCUGAGAGGGGAAUUCGGGAAGUGGGUUGCAUUUAUUGCUGUAGUUUUGCGCCUUUUCUUUCCACGACACUUCCCUGACUGGCUGGAGAUGCCCGGCGCACUGAUCCUUCUCGUGGUGGUUGCCCCUGGAUUCUUUGCCAACACCAUAAGAGGCCAUGUCGCGGGCCUCUUCAUAUGCCUCAUCAUUGGUUGUUACCUGCUUCAGCAACACAUCCGAGCAUCGGGUGGCUUCAGGAACUCAUUCACCAAGAGCCAUGGCAUCUCAAACAGCUUAGGCAUCAUUCUUCUCUUUGUCUACCCGGUGUGGGCCUUAAUCCUUCAAUUGUAGGCGUUCCUAUUGCCAUUAUGAUCUUUAAGGCCAUUUCAUUUUCUGGCGUUGUAAGACUGUUUCUUGUUUGUAAGGUGGUGAUUGAUCUCAGUGAACUCUUAGUCAACUAAUAAAGUUUAAUUUUAUAUA